CCCAUCCAUUGAGGCCACUGUCACUGUUACCGCCAACGGAGAAACUAUAUAAAUUGUCUUUGCUGGCCUGCCUCGUGCUACAUUGACCAUCAUCGCUGGCAGGAGACACCAUUGUUUUACGACUGUUGCGAAGCGAGGGAAAGCGAAAAUGGAAACUCCAACAGUCCCGAUCAACUUCGUCCCUGCGACCUCCGGCGAGACCUUCAAAGUCGGAACGAUCACCAUUCGCAUCAUGGAAGACGGAUCACGGACAGACAAUCGUAUAGGCUCAGCAGAGUUCACUGUUCCGCCGCAUACUUCAGGGCCUCCGCCGCACUGGCAUGAGAUGCACGACGAAACCUUCCUGGUAACGCAAGGCACAUUACGCUUCCAUGCAUUGAAUGGUCAAACCGUCGACGCAAAGCUGGGGGACUACGUCACGGUACCGACACGCUCACCGCAUACGUUCUCCAAUCCGUACGACGAGGAGGCCAAGUUCUUCAACACGUACACGCCGGCGUUUUAUAUCAAUUACUUCAAACUCCUUGCGACGCUGGGGGAGUCCGGGAAGCCGAUGAAUCCGGAGGCCAACCGGAGAGCCAUGGCGUACUUCGCCACGAUUGGCAUCGCCGAUGAUGAGAUGCAGAUGGACAAGAAGCAGUUCUAUGGUGACGGGGAGAAGAAAGUGGGCGGAGCAUGAUUGUAUGCUGAGAGAUACUAGUUCGAGACAAUUGAAUGAUUAUGCGGGCACCGCCUAGCAUUG